GUAAGAGAAAAGGAAAGGAGACAGCAAAGAGACUGGGGAGGUGAGAUCCCGUCCCGGCAGCACAGUGCAGUUGCUGAGACUUGGUGGUGACUUUGAAUAGCAGCCACAGGCUCAUCAUGGCUCAGGUGCUGCACAUGGACCCUGGCUUCCCAGGGAAGCUCAACACACCUGCUCCACCUUCCCUCCAUAGCAAAGAGCAGGAGGCACCCUACUCAGUGGAGACCCCCUAUGGUUACCGUUUGGACUUAGACUUCCUCAAAUAUGUUAACGACAUAGAGAAGGGAAAUACUAUCAAGAAAGUGUCUAUGCAACGCCGGCCACGCUAUGGCUCUCUACCCCGUGGCUACGGUUACGCUGGGUCCUGGUGGACCUCCACAGAAUCUCUGUGCUCCAAUGCCAGCAUGGACAGCCGACACUCCUCUUUCUCCUACUGUGCCCCAGGCUACCACUCCUCACAGAGGCCCCACUUCAGCACUGCCCGAGUGGAGAAGACCCUGUUAGAUGCACGUAGGAAGCUGGAAGAGGAAAAAGAAGGCCGGAGAUUUUCCAACCUAGGCAGCAUGCACAGCAGCAUGGCUGGAUCCAACACCUCCAUCAGCAGUGCACACAGUUUUAACCGAGCCCAGGGUGGAGGUGGAUCCUUUACACCUAUGAGUUCUGGCCUGUCAACCCCAGUAACGCCAACACCAGCCCACUUACAGCAUGUCAGGGAACAGAUGGCAGCAGCUCUCAGGAAGAUAAGGGAGCUGGAGGAACAGGUGAAGACCAUCCCAGUGCUCCAGGUGAAAAUGUCUGUGCUGCAGGAGGAGAAAAGGCAACUCAGUGUGCAGCUGAAAAGUCAAAAGUUUUUAGGCCACACUCUUGGUUUCAAUCGAGGCCGACCACGAGGGGAGCUAUACAUUGACAUCCCUGAAGAAGAAGUGGGCACUGGAGCCAAAAGCACCACCACCAAGCCAACACUGCCAUUGUCUCCCACCACACCCGAGACCUCCAAACAAGACUCAGGGUGUGAGAUAGAGGACACCGUGAUUGUAGGAGGUGCACGGCCAGGUGUAAAACGAGAAGUGCGCACCAUUGGAGUGGGACCUGAGAAUGUAAGCGGAAGUUGUCAGGUGGGAGUUGGGGUUUGUGAGGAGGAUCUGGGUCUUCUGCCAGAAACAGCAGCUCUUAGGAAUCAAGUGGGUCAGUUGGAAGGCCAACUCAAAAGGACAAUGCUGGAACUGCAGGCUGCACAGCAGCAGAUAACAGCAGUACAGAAACAAAGGCAUGUUCAGGUCCCUCAGGCGGAACAUCCGGUCAUAGCUACCAUCAUGGGCUGGCAGAAGCCAGAGGACAGCAACCUGCAGACACUGGUCAGCUUCACGCAACAGCCCCAACAGAGGGAACAGAGGACUGUGGGAAUCCAGGUAUACACACUGGAGCAGCCUACUGUAGUAGAGGUGGGAACACUGCUACGGGCAGAGAGCUGCAGCUCCGCCACCCUUCAGGCAGCUGGUCAAAGCCACCCCAGAGGACAAGCUGAAGAUGUUCCAGUUGAGUUUCCAAUUGCAGUCAGUUCCAAGCAGGUACGCGAUGUCCUAAAGAGUGAGUUGUCCACAUCAGUACCAGUAGCCAAGACUGCCAUCGCUGUGAGCACAACUGGUAAUCAGACUGGUUCCUUACAUUUUAAAGAAGGAGAUACACACCUGCAUAUAAAUAUAGACGCCAUCCAAUCACAGACGAGCUCAUCUAAAUCAACCUCAGUGUCUUCCCAGUCAUCUCUGAGGUCCAUUAUGAAGCGGAAAGCAGAGUGUGAACCCGGUUCUCCGACCACCAAGAAAAACCUCCAGUUCAUCGGAGUCAAUGGAGGCUAUGAGUCUACAUCAUCAGACGACAGCAGCAGUGACAGCUCAGAUGAGGGAAGUGAUUCAAGUGAAUAUCAUGAAGCCAGAGAAAAACUACCAGAAUCUGCCACCCAGAUUCAACAUAGAACACCCACCCACGAUGAAGCUACUCAGCCCCAAGAACCGAGCACCAGCAGACCCCAGCAGGCUGACUUUAAACUACCAGCCAUCGUUCCUGACCUCCAGCAGAGUUGCAGCCAGCCUUCAGACAAAACACCACAAGACAAAGACAGCCAGUCACCAGCAAAGGACGCUGUGUUGCAAAAAUGUGCCUCCCACUUUAGUCUGCCUUCAUCAUGUCCAGCGAAUGAUACUGCCACUGACUCAUCCCAGGAGAGCUCGUCCACAUCGUCAGGCACUGAAUCCACUCUUGAAGAAUGCACCAUAAAGUCGACUGUUACUUCUUCUCCACUGUGCGUGAUUAAAACCACUGAGAUUACCAGGCAGCAGAGUAACAUCAAAUCAGAAACAACUGCCGCUUCCAGCCAGACGGAUUCAAAGCCAGCAGCUGACAACAUCUCAAAUGACGCUGCCACCACAGCAUCAGUCCAAAAAGUCAGAGUGGAGAUGAAUGACAACCUCAUGUCAGCUCUUUACGCGCUACAGAAAGCCCUGGGAGAACCCAAUGCCUUCAGCCAGCAAGCAGCGAGAGCAGCCUACACCACCGUGCUGCAGGAGUGGCUGCGUGUGUCCUGUCACAAAGCAGCAGACACAGCCGUUGUCAAGGCCUACAUGGACACAUUUGCCUUAAUUUCCCCUCAGCUGCUGGAGUUUGUGAUCAACAUGGCAGAUGGCAACGGCAACACAGCAUUGCACUAUACAGUUUCCCACUCCAACUUCCCCGUGGUGAAACUGCUGCUGGACACUGGUCUUUGUAACGCUGACAAGCAGAACAAAGCGGGCUACACAGCCAUCAUGCUGACAGCUUUGGCCGCCUUCCACUCUGACAGUGACCUUCAAACCGUCCUGCAGCUGUUGCGCACAGGGGACGUUAAUGCCAAGGCCAGCCAGGCUGGCCAGACAGCGCUGAUGCUCGCCGUUAGUCAUGGCCGAGCAGACAUGGUGCGAGCGCUGCUGUCCUGUGGGGCGCAGGUCAACAUCCGUGAUGACGACGGUUCCACGGCGCUCAUGUGCGCCUGUGAACACGGACACGUGGACAUUGUACGCCAGCUGCUGUCCGUGCCGGGCUGUGACGCUACGCUUACUGACAACGACGGCAGCACUGCACUGUCCAUUGCGCUGGAGGCCAGCCAGAAUGACAUAGCUGUGCUUCUGUAUGCUCACCUCAACUUUGCAAAGCCUCCCUCCCCUGUUUCACCCAAGUCUCCUCUCUUGGGUUCAUCGCCUCCUGCUGGUGAAACAAAGUGAAACUUCUGAGGCUUCCACAACACUUCACUCCGUUUUUUUUUCUUUUCUUUUUUCUUAUUAUUUUUUUCAUUCA